AUGGUGCGCGCAGGUUCACGAGCUCCCUCAGUGGGACAGAGCUCUGUAUCCAAGAUCCGCGACCGACGCAGCAAGAAGACCUACAAGGUCCAACUCGAAUCUGUCGUGACCAGAAAGAAGAAACUCAAACUCCACGACAUCCAAGGCUCAGCAAGGCCAAAAGAAGGCUACACCUUCCUACCUGUUGGCUACGCCGACCUAGCCGAGCGUUGUAAAGAAAAAUCAAGACAACUAGGCGUCGACGUAGCUGUUGUCUCCGUGCGUACCUUCAUCUCGAACUGGACUCUCCUUACAAAGCACUUUCUCCUACUCCCAGUCCUUUUUCUGACCACUCACCCANNGGCUGGCACGAGACGCCCUGGACCUACAGACCCUCAGAAGCUUACCCACCACGUACACCGCGUCGGUUACCACUUCCGCUCCGACAUCUUUGACCAGGCCUGCAACUUCUUGGGCUACCGUGAGGUCAAUGGCAAGUUGGUCCGCGAUACUGGCUUUGACACCACUUCCCGCUUUGAGCGGACAAUUGCACGUUUUGCUCCUCGCCUCGAGUUCAAUGCCAAUAACAGAACGACCGAGCAGAGCACCAAAGUCAAGGACUACAUCCGUGAACUCUUCCCAAAGAUCCCUGAAGCAGACCUGGAGGAGAUUUACAAGCGCGCAUGGGAGCAGGGCACUACAACCGUAGGUAAUGCAGCUGAUCUGUCGCUUUCUAGACAGGUACAGCUGGCCACGAUAGCUCGUAUCAGGCACACAUACACCGACUACGACAAGCUGCUCAAAUUGGUGUCCUGGAAGGAAGCUCGCCAAAUUGUCGAACCCAUGUCACUGACAAAGCUGAUUGAAUGGCGUGGAGAACAUGAUGAUACCGAGGACUUUGAAGAGAUCCUUCGAGAGACCAUUGUCAUUGAUGACGACGAUGAGGAGCUGGACGAUGCUGACAGCGACACUGACAGUAACACUAUCGCUUCUGGAGAUGACGGUAGUGACACCAGCCUGGAGAUCGUGCAACAGACUUUGGCUCCCAAAGAUCUCAACGUCGGAGUCGGAGAGAAGAUACGUAAUGCUGUCACCACUGUAGGACGCGCGGCUGGCAGAGCUUUGCCCGCUGCAAUUCAAACCCGCUGGCACAAUGCCCGUAUGCAACAGCAGCGUGCUGAUCAAACCGUUACGCCCAAUGGCCAUGGUGGUCAGAUCUCUGUCCCUCUCGAUCAGCGAGGUAAUGCCCCACGCAAGGUUGUCUCGGACGGUGUUGAGUACGUACGGCCUGAGAAGGAGAAGUAUCCCAAGCACAGCAUGCCUGGCGCGUGGCCUAACAGUGGUGCCAUGCCUGCAUCCGGAUAUUCUCAAGUCCCGGUGACCCACAGCCAUCCUGCUACUCAGGGGUUCUCAACCUCGAGGGCACCACAGCACACCGGUGUGAGCCGUCCUCCAAACGAGGUGCCCAUCUGGGACCGCUUUGAAAGACGACCCAUGUAUCCGACAUUGGGAACACCAGUUGUUGAUCUCACAGCCACUCCCACUUUGAGGGGAGGGUACGGAGAUAGAAUCUCCUACACCGGGCCUCCAGAGUCUGGAUUCCGUCCACAUGAACCGCCUGCGCAUGUCACUGCUCCGAGAGGAGUUCUGCAUCGCAACGUGUACAGACCAGGUGUCGCUGACGACGAUGUGAUAUUCGCUGGAGCACAGACCAGACCACAAGGUCGCCGUCAUCAGUCUUCCAACUAUAGCGGCACUCGUGAUCGGGUCGAGGUGAUCAAGCCGGAGGACUACCCCAUUCCUUCUCGCGAAGAGCCUCAUCCUGGCUAUCCUACGUUGAACCCAUAUCAUGGUGACACUGACAGAAUGAAGGUGAAUGUGAGACCUGCUGCUGGUACUACUAUGCAGACAAGACCUCCACAACAUCAGCCCGUAUUUGGUCAACCAGCGUACCCUCAGAUGAGAUCGCAGACAGUGGCAAUGCAGGUGGUGCCUCGCCCAGUGCAUGGUGCACCAGCUGCAGUACAGCCGAUGCCACCUCAGGAGAGAGCACCUUCUGUGGGUCAGGCAGCACCGUCAUUUGGCGCGCCAUCACCACAGAGGUUCUUCAUGGGUAGCAGCCAUCAGCCAUACUACGUGCCUGACAGAUGA